UCGCUGGGCGGGGAUGAGGAUGGUUGCGGCGGCUGCUGCGGGGAGGUUUGGGCGCCUUUCUGGAGGCGAUCGGUCUGAGGCAUCGCGAGGGGAAUACCCGCCUUUCUGAGCGUUGCUGCUGCCCCCGCCCCGCGGGAGCUCGGGGAGGCUCCCCUUGCUCCCGAUCCUCUCGCCAUGUUACUGCCGUCCGACGUGGCCCGCCUGGUGCUGGGGUACUUACAACAAGAAAGGCUUUUAGCCACAUGCCAAGCAUUUAUAUUGGAAAGUUCAGACUUAAAAGAAUAUGCAGAGCAUUGUACAGGGGAAGGCUUUGUUCCAGCUUGCUUACUGUCUUUGUUUGGAAAAAACUUAAUCACCAUAUUGAAUGAGUACAUAGCAAUGAAAUCAAAAGAAGCAACAAAUGAUGUUCCGGCAAUGAUGUCAUCCUUGUGGAAGAAGUUGGACUAUACUCUUUCCCAAAUCAGGAGCAUGCAGAAUUCUGGUGGAUUUUCUGCUCAUCAACGAAGCCGUACAAGAAGUGCAAUUGCAGAUUUGAAGAAGCAGAAAUGCCUUCAACAGUCAACCUCUUCAGGUGUAGGGUCGUCAUCUCUAGCUCACCAGCCAGGGCAACUAAACUCUUCUCCAAUGACAGCCACACAAGUUAUUCUUAAACCAAUUAUCGCUCCAAGUCCAAGCCAGCCAAGAUCAAAUUCUUCAUUUGCACUUCAGUGUCAAGUGCAGGAAAGCCAUGUUAAUACAGGAGACUGUCUGAGCUUGGUUUCUUCACUUCAAGAACGGAAGCUUCAUUCAAGUGUACUGUCUCCUGGGAAAAGGAAAAGUGAUUCCCAGAAGAAAAGAAAUACUGCAUCAUCUGGACCACCACUGUCUAAUUGUGGCUUGCGGGACCCGCCCACAGUGGAACCAGAAAGCUCACCAAUGGAAGAAGAAAGUGAACCACUAGAACUUAUAGAUGGUGACCUUCCUCAAAUGAUUAUUGAGAAUGCCAGAGAGAAAAUUCUGAGCAACAAAUGUCUUCAGGAGAAGCUAGCUGAAAAUAUUAACAAAUUCUUGGGCAGUGAUGGCAGUAUUUCUCAAACAACAAAGCAGGCAGACAGUGGCCCAACAAUACAGGAGUCUUCAAUUGAUGAAUUGCUUGGUCUUCAGCAGGGUGAAAUUCACAUGACUGAAGAAGCAAUCCAGGAGAUUCUGGAGCAAACAGAGUCAGAUCCAGCAUUUCAAGGGCUCUUCGAUAUAUUUGAUUUUGGUAAAAUCAAGGGUGGUAGAAAUACUUCUCAUGGCAUUCCCACACAGAGUGGAGGAGUAGAAAAUGCAAUAUUGGUGGAUGAAGCAAACCUAGAAGCACUUGAAAGCUAUAUUGCAACAAAAGAACUUGGUGAUAAUUCCCAGGAGAGUCUCUCAUACCCAGGAGACAAUUCAAAAACAACAUGUGUCCUGAAGACUGGUGGCAGUGGUAACAAUGUGACAUUGGAGGAACAUCUGAAGUUGCAAACUGCAGUAAUUGGAGAAUUUCCUGAGGACUCCAAAGUGAGGAGUGAAAGUGAUUCGGUGGAAAUGAAAACACCUGACCAAGGAACAGCUGACCAAAGAAUCAGACAUAAAACUACCUUUGAAUCUGGGCAGAAUCAGAUCUCUGGCCCACAGUUUGGUGGGCACAGUGUAGGAUCUUAUAACAAACAAGAAACAACACCACAAGACUGUAGAACAGAUGAGAUGUUAUGUCAGGAUGUUCAAGAUUUACCUGACUUGCAGUAUGAUCUGCUAAGAACUCAGACAUCAUUGUCUGGUAGAGUUGUGUGUUGUUCAUUGUCAAAUAAUAUACUGUCUGAAAAGACAGAUGCAAAAUUACUCAGUCCUCUGAGAUCUGGUCACAGUGAAAUACCAAAAGAAUCUAAUGUAACUAACUCUAGCCAUUCAGCAGAAUCAGAUAAAAGUCUAGAAGGAGUAGAAGAGCAGUCAGUUAUAUUUCCUGAAUCAGGCCAGCAAAACCCUAACAGUCCUACACUCUCUCACUGUCAAGGCCAGGAGCAAUCGGAAUCAGAUUCUGCCACAGCACUUGUGAACACAUCCAGUCCAAAUACUGUAGCGCUCCAGCUUGAAGUUGUAGAUACUUCCAACAAUCCUCAUUCAAAUGAUCAGUCUCUGCAUUCAGAGUCUUGUGCUAAACAGCAAAAACAGAAAUCAGAAGAUUCUACACAAGUCGAAUUUCAGGAGCCGUCAUCUUCUACAAAAACAGAUGCUGACAGUAUAUUUCUAACUUCUGACCAUGAGAGGCAUAUAGAAACAUCCACUGAGAGUAUCCCCACCACAUCCAGUGUAUGCCAUUCUCCUGCAGAGCCAGUUGGAGAAUCAAGUCCAGAGAACAAAGUUGCUGGUAGUGUUUCAUCCAGUAAUCAAGGCACAGGUGCAGAUCCCUCCAGUGUAGUUUCCCUAAAGAUAAUUAUCAGUGAUGACCCAUUCAUUUCAUCAGAGACAGAGUUGAACAAUGCUGUUUCCAGCAUCACUGAAGAAAAUUUGCCAACUAUAAUACUAUCUUCUCCAGCUAAAACACCAGCCAACACAACAGGACAAUCCAAAUGCAUUACUUCGGAAGAGGUUGAAACAACUAGAGAUUCACCUUUGGUGGAACAAAAUCUUCUUGUCCUCAGACCUCAAGACUCUGUUGUAAGUACGCUGAAUGUACAGAAUGAAGAGUGCGCUGUUAUUUCUCUUGCUGGGGCAUCAAGUGUUGCCAAGGAUGGAGGAUUUAUACAGCUGAUGCCAGCCACAAGCACAUCUUUUGGCAACUCCAACAGUGUCUAUAUUGCCACCUGUAUGACGGAGCCAACGGCUUUGAGUACAAAUGUUACUCCAUCUAAUUUGGUUGUGUUGCCUGGCAAUUCAACAUCUCUUGCAUCACAGGUUCCAGCACCACAACAGUUAAGGACACCUCCUAGAACAAAUAAUUUGUUUGCUGUAAACCCACUCAUGUCUCCAAACUUUUCACAAGGUUCUACUAUUAUAAUCGCAUCUCCAGUACAACCUGUGUUGCAAGGAAUGGUAGGAAUGAUUCCUGUUUCUAUAAUGGGACAGACUGGAAAUACAUUCUCAGAUCCUUCCUGCCAGGUUCUGCACAUGCCAGUACAGACUUCUUUAGGUAGUGGAGGUAUUCCUAAACUACCUCUCCCUCCCAAAUCUCAGAGGAUGCCAAGAAAUAAAUCUAGUGCAGGAAAGUUGGUGUCCAAUGGAUCAGACUCUGUAAAUCGUACUGGCUCUCGAAUACAAAGAAUUGGAAACUUGGACAAGAAUAGCUGUGAAGAAUUAAAAAAAAAGCUGGAGAUGGCUACAGUUGACUCCACAAAUUCUGGUUCCAAACAAAAUGAAAACCACAGAAGAGUGCUUUGCUUUGACAAUACUUUUACAACUCCAGCAGAAAACACUCAAGCAUUGCAGAAAGAAAGGAAUGAAACUCCUUUGGUGCCUGGAAGUUCUCCCAAUUCUGUGCUUUCAUCUGCUAAAAUGCAGUCCACCAAGAAGGAGCGUGAAAGAACUCUGCCUAGGAUUUUAUGUAAGCCUGAUCUUACCUGCAGAACUUCAGCUGUGAAGGAGACCCAGCCUGAGAGGAAGACCUCAGGCCCAGGACUGGCAUCAGAUGUCUUAAGAAAGCAGACAGCAAAUAAAGAGAAUGAAUUAGAAAGGAGUGUUGACAAAGGUGCCCAAAACCAGGAGAUGGUAACCUUAUCCAACAGCCAGCAGAAUAUUGGUCUUCGUAAUGAGAACAGUACCUUGGCUCAAGAAUUAACUAAAAAACAAGGGUUUCAGUCAAAUGCAAAUAGUAAAAUUUCGGGAGUUUUGCCUGCAAAGGAUUCAAAAAAAGACCAGACUAGAUCUCCCAGCCAAGUCCAUAGCUUGACCAGUCCAUUAACUAAACAAGCUGUGGAAAUGCUACAUGACAUUCAGAGGCACAGUCCUGCCACUAAACUUCCUGAAAGUGCGGAUUUGCCAGUACCCCGCACACCUUCAGGAACUGGUGAUAGGCAUUCCGAUGAUACCUUUGAUAUGAUAAGGACACCAACAUGUAGACGGUAUAGUGAAGAUAGUACAACCCCAAGGAUCAUGGUACCUCCAGCAACUCCUGACUUACCAGCCUGUAGCCCGGCUAGUGAAACGGGCAGUGAGAACAGUGUUAGUAUGGCUGCCCACACUUUGAUGAUUCUUUCACGGGCAGCUAUUGCAAGGACUAGUACAACUACUCCUCUUAAAGACAAUACACAACAGUUUAGGUCUUUAAGAAGUGCAGGCAAAAAAAGGAAGCAGGAAGACUUGAUUGAUUGCGAAAGGAAUUCGCGGGGUGCCUGUAAAAAAGACCUUCAGAACUUUACAAUGCCAAUAAAAAAGAAGAAAGUAAAGCAGAAGAAACUACCAAUUGCCUUUCCUGCUGGAAUGGAUGUAGAUAAGUUCUUGUUAUCUUUGCAUUAUGAUGAAUAAAUAAUGAAUCAUAUAUUAAAACCAGGUGCUACCAUGCAUGUUUGGAAUGAAAGGAGACUACAUUGUGGGUUAAGUUGCACAGUCAGUAUGUUGUAGUUCUUCUUCAUAAAAGAAAAUAACUCUGAUUCUCAAAAAGUUCCUAGCUUAAGAAUAAUUUGGUUAUCUUUUGACAGAGCACUUAAUUGGCUGUAUAUUAAAUUUGCACAGUUUUACUUGGUGGGAUGGUGUAAAUAUUGUACAGAAAUUGCAGUUGUAAGAUGAUUUUAACACCAAGUGUUGACAGUGUCCUGCAAAAAUGAUAUUAACUUGAUUGCCUUUUUCAUAAAGUCAAACACCCAUGAUCUUAAAUAUGUUUAGAAGCUCCACUGAGCUGGAGAACUUGCUUUCAAGUUAUUGUGCUUGGAAUUAUAGCCCUACACUGAAUCUAACUAAGCGUCAUGUAGUUGGCUAUAAUUGAAGAUAGGAUUUAAUGGUUGGCCCAAGUCUUCAACAAGUAGCUAGCUAACUUUUAAAUGAGAUAAUUCAGUUUAUUUUGUAAUGGGAAUCUUUUCCUGUUCCCUUUUGACUGUUUUUCCUUAUAUUUGCAAGUCUGCCAAUGAAAGUUUUAAAACUUUCUUAUUCUUAGGAAUCUUAAGAGACAAUUUAUUUUUGUUCUAUUUAACUUUUUAAAUACACAUGUAAAUACUGCUUGC